GCGGACGCGCUUUCCGGAAGUAAAAGGACUUCACAACAAAGCUGAACAAGUGACAACGGAUUAAAUUACGUCAAAGAAGACGAAGAUCCGAAGACUUGGAACUGAAUCCGAGUCACGAGACUUCGUCGGCCUGCCGACAUUGUCUUCUCCCACGGGACGCUUCAAUGAGCCACAUGUGGUCCGCAAGGCUUGGUGGAGAUGGCGCGACCGUCAUGGAGCACCGCGGCGGCAGCAGCGGCGAGGACGACGACGACGACGACGAGAUGGUGGACAUCGGCGGGGUCACGCUGGAUUUCUCUUCCACGGACGACGUCCCGCCACUCAGUUCUGGAGGUUACGAGGGGUACGGCAGCGGGGGUGGCAGAGCUGUGAACGGCGUCGGCAAACCGGCAGACCUCCUGGAGGACCCGGUGCCGGGUGUGGGCACCUACGAGGACUUCAACACCAUCGACUGGGUCCGCGAGAAGAGCAAGGACCGCGACCGGCACCGAGAGAUUAGCAACAAGAGCAAAGAGUCGGUGUCGGCUCUGCUGCUCAGCGUCAGUGACGCCUUCUCGGGUUGGCUGCUCAUGCUUCUGGUGGGCCUCAUGUCAGGCGCUGUGGCGGGCGGCAUCGACAUCGCCGCCCACUGGCUGACGGACAUGAAGGGCGGCGUGUGUCUGGCGGGUUUCUGGUUCAACCACGAACACUGCUGCUGGACGUCCAACCAGACCACUUUCCAGGAGCGAGACCGCUGUCCUCAGUGGCAGAGCUGGGCCCAGCUCAUCACCGGGACCGCCGAGGGGGCCUUUGCCUACACGGUCAACUACAUGAUGUACAUGUUCUGGGCUCUUCUGUUCGCCUUCCUGGCCGUGACACUGGUGCGGGCGUUCGCUCCAUACGCGUGCGGCUCGGGAAUACCUGAGAUCAAAACCAUCCUGAGCGGUUUCAUCAUCCGCGGGUACUUGGGCAAGUGGACGCUGAUCAUCAAGACGGUCACGCUGGUCCUGGCCGUGUCGUCCGGGCUCAGCUUGGGCAAGGAAGGCCCGCUGGUCCACGUAGCCUGCUGCUGCGCUAACAUCCUUUGUCACCUCUUCACCAAAUACCGCAAGAACGAGGCUAAGCGGAGAGAGGUGUUGUCGGCGGCGGCGGCGGUGGGCGUGUCGGUGGCCUUCGGCGCUCCGAUCGGCGGCGUCCUCUUCAGCUUGGAGGAGGUGAGUUACUACUUCCCUUUGAAAACUCUGUGGCGUUCGUUCUUUGCUGCCCUGGUGGCCGCCUUCACGCUGCGCUCCAUCAACCCGUUUGGCAACAGCCGACUGGUUCUGUUCUACGUGGAGUUUCACUCUCCCUGGCACCUGGUGGAGCUGGCGCCCUUCGUCCUCUUGGGCAUUUUCGGAGGCCUGUGGGGGGCGCUCUUCAUCAAGGCUAACAUUGCGUGGUGCCGCAGACGCAAGUCGACCCGUCUGGGCCACUACCCGGUGAUGGAGGUCCUGUUGGUGGCGGCGCUGACCGCCUUGCUGGCUUUCCCAAACGGCUACACCAGGAUGAGCGGAGCCGAGCUCAUUUCAGAACUUUUCAAUGAUUGCUCGCUGCUCGAUUCCUCGCAGCUCUGCGGAUACAAACAGCCCACUAACACGUCCCAAACCGGCGUGGGGGACAGCCAGGCGGACCGGCCAGCAGGGGAAGGUCUCUACACCGCUCUGUGGCAGCUGGCUCUGGCCUUGCUCUUCAAGAUGGUCAUCACCGUCAUCACGUUUGGCAUGAAGGUUCCGUCAGGACUGUUCAUUCCCAGCAUGGCGGUGGGUGCCAUCGCGGGGAGGCUGCUGGGCGUGGGCAUGGAGCAGCUGGCCUACUACAACCGCGACUGGCUCCUCUUCCGAGGCUGGUGCUCGCCCGGCACCGACUGCAUCACGCCGGGCCUCUACGCCAUGGUGGGCGCCGCCGCGUGCCUCGCCCGCCUGUACGCUUGCGGGUCUCUUCUGACGUGGUCCUUCCUGUCCACAGGCGGCGUGACGCGCAUGACCGUGUCACUGGUGGUGAUCAUGUUUGAGCUGACGGGCGGCCUGGAGUACAUCGUGCCGCUCAUGGCCGCCACCAUGACCAGCAAGUGGGUGGCGGACGCUUUUGGGCGCGAGGGGAUCUACGAGGCGCACAUCCGCCUCAACGGCUACCCCUUCCUGGAGCCCAAAGAGGACUUUGAGCACAGCAGCUUGGCCGAAGACGUGAUGAGGCCCAGGAGGGCGGACCCCGCCCUGGCCGUGCUCACGCAAGACGGCAUGACGCUGGGUCAGGUGGAGGCGCUGGUGGAGAGCACACGCUUCAGCGGCUUUCCUGUGGUCGUCUCACAGCAGUCCCAGAGGUUGGUGGGGUUUGUGCUCCGAAGAGAUCUGCUCAUAUCCAUUGAUAAUGCCCGUCAGCGGCAGGAGGGCGUGGUCAGUGCAUCCCGGGUGCUCUUUAGCCAGCACGCCCCCACUCAGGCCCCCGAAGCCCCCCCUGACCUCCGCCUCCGGGGCAUCUUGGACCUCAGCCCCUUCACCGUCACGGACCACACACCCAUGGACAUCACCGUCGACAUCUUCCGCAAACUGGGCCUGCGACAGUGCCUGGUCACACACAACGGGAAGCUUCUGGGCAUUAUCACCAAAAAGGACAUUCUCAAACACAUGGCGCAGAUAGCCAACAGAGAUCCCGACUCCAUUCUCUUCAACUGAAGGACACAACAGUGACCACGACACGUUCUGGUUGGGUGUCUGGGAGCACAAAAAAAAGAAAAGACUCAUCCCCAAUGUCAUGUGGAGGCCUCUGGAAUAUUUCACAUCUGCUCCAUUUUCGUUGAUGUCGUCAACCUCUUUUUUGGUUCCGUGUGAAGGAGUGAGGGGCCUCCUCCUCUCCCUCCUCCUCGUCCAGCCUGCGGAGGAUUUGUGAGCAUAUAGAAGAAUGCAGGACUUGAGAGAAGAUAAAGUCGGAAGAUGUCGGUGCCUGCCCUGUGGCUGUCAAGACGAGCCCAGACAGAGCGCUUCGACUCGGGCUCGAUGGAUUCUCGAGCUGCCCCUCCUCUUUCGAGGCCUGAGACGUGUUUAGUGUGAGAAACACACACACACACACACACACACAGCGUUUUGAGGGAAUGAGCAAAGAAAUGCAAUCAUGUCAUUUAUGUCAAACGGUUUGUCCCACUAAAUUAUUUCU